GGAGGAGGUCGUGUCGGUCCUCAAUGCCGCCAUAUUGGCCCGGCAGGAGGGGGUCGUGCUCAAGGACCCCGACGGACCCUACACGCCCGCUGCCCGCACCGCCGGCUGGAUCAAGCUCAAGCCCGACGUAAGCCCCCUCCUGUCAGCCCGACUGCUGUCACUGACGGUAACUGUCCUCUCCAGUGCUGUCACUGACGGUGGGCGGGUGACGAAGGUGGUGCCGGUGUGCUGGGUGGGCUCAGGGUUCACAGACGACACGCUGGCCUCGCUGCCCCGCCUCCUCGCCCCCGCCCGCUCGCCCACUCGUCCCCCCGAGGUGGGCGAGUGGCGGGGCGACAAGCCCGCCGUCUGGUUCUCGCCCGCCGCCAGCGUCGUCCUCCAGGUGCGGGCGACGGAGGUGAGCCCACUCGCCGCCCACUCCGUCGCCCACUCGCUGC